UUUGGUUUUGUGUUAUGAGACUCCUUGAUUCCUUCUUCUGAGUAGGUGAGUCUCUGGUAGGCUUGGCGUGCUGUGCUGCCCUUUCUCUGGACUCUCUAUUUCAGUGACUUCAUUCUUUCCAGAGCUCUUACACAGUUAUCUGGUCUGCCUCAUUCUCCUGUUCCAAUUGGAACUCUACAAAUCUCCAAGGAUGCCACCUAUGCUGCACGAAAUGCUUCUCUUGGGUACACUGUCUGUGCUGGUGAUAGGUUCUGGGUGGGGUACAUAGAUAUAGCCCUCACUCCACUCUGUGAAAGACAGGCCACCUGUCUGGUGGCAGGGUCUGGGUGAGGCUCUCCUUCAGUGGUUAUCAGUAUGGGAGGAAACCACCCCAGCCUCUUGUUCAUGUCUGGUGGUGCUCAGGACCAGCAAGGACAUUGACUGCUCUGCCACAGACGGAGACGUAGAGCUGCUGAUGUGCCGUGGAGAGGCUCUUACUGUAUGCAUCGGACACAGGCUAAUGGUUCUCUUACAUCUAUAAAAUUGGCUCUGGGACGAGAUCUCCUUUAUCGCUGCAGCUGAGGCUCUGGACUUCGUGCGGCCAUGAGGACAACGCUCUGGCCUCUGAGUUUAGGGUCUCUUCUCACUCUCGGGGCAGCUCUCACUGGCACAUCAUCUGAAGGUGACCAAGGCAAUCUGAGGCUGGCACACAGACAGAGCACAUGUGACGGAGUGGUGCUGGUUCGACACCAAGGGGAAUGGGGUCACCUGUGCAACCUGGAGUGGACACUGGCAGAGGCCUCUGUGGUGUGUAGACAGCUGGGCUGUGGCCCUGCUGUGGGUGCUCCCAAAUAUGUACCCCUGCCUGGAGAGAUGGUCCGGCCCUGGCUGCACAAUGUAUCCUGUUGGGGCAAUGAGUCCUCUCUCUGGGAGUGUAGCCUUGGGGCAUGGAGUCAGCGUGCUUGCCCCCAUGAGUGGGUGGUGGUGGCUCUCUGUGCAAAUGGCACCUUCCGGGAGAUCCGGCUGGUGAAGGGCCACAGUCCCUGUGCAGGACUCCCUGAGAUCAUGAAUGUGAAUGGGGUGGACCGCCUCUGUGGCCUGCAUGUGGAGGAGGCCACAGUGUUUUGCCGUGAGCUGCAGUGUGGCCAUGCACUCCAGGCCCCCCGUCAAGAUGUGGGCGUCAGUAAGUACAUGACCUGCAAGGGCACCGAGUCCACCAUCCGCAACUGCAGACUCAACAACAAGCUACGCGGUGGCUGCAACCUGCUGCUGGAUGCAGAAGUCAUCUGCUCAGGACACGUGGAGGCCCGGCUAGUGGGUGGAGAACAUUCCUGUGCUGGACGCCUGGAGGUUCUUCGGGGACUGACCUGGGGUACCAUCUGCCAUGCUGAUCUGGACUUGCCCACAGCCCAUGUGGUGUGCCGGGAGUUAGGGUGUGGUAUAGCUGUGUCUACACUUGGGGGUGCUCAGUUUGGCCAGGGCUCAGGACCUGUGUGGCUAGAAGCCUUCCGCUGUGUGGGGAAUGAAUCGCUGCUAUUCCACUGCCCCCGGGAGCCCGGUCACCACUGUGGCCACGAGCAGGAUGCUGCACUCACCUGCUCAGAGUUCCGGCUGGUCAAUGGCAGCAGUGACUGUGAAGGCCGUGUGGAACUCCAAGUGCAAGGGACCUGGGCACCUGUCUGUGCUGCCAACUGGGACCUAGCAGAUGCCAUGGUUCUCUGUCACCAACUCAACUGUGGCAAUGCAGUAUCUGUACCUCCAGGAGGACAUUUUGGUGAUGGGGAUGAUCUCAUCUGGCCAGACAUAUUUCAUUGUGUGGGGACAGAGCCUCAUUUGCUUCACUGUGCAGCAAGCACCCUGGGGGCCCAUGGUUGUGUCCUGGGGAAUACAGCUUCUACCAUCUGUUCAGGACUCCAAGACAUCCUGCGGCUGAGAGAUGGACAGAGCUACUGUGAUGGCCGUGUAGAGAUUUCCCUGGAUGGUUCAUGGGGCCGCGUAUUGGAUGACGCCUGGGACCUGCAUGGCGCCAGCGUGGUGUGCCGGCAGCUAGGGUGUGGAGAGGCACAGCGAGCCUAUGAUGCUCCAGCUCCUAUUUUCAGGAGAGUCCCUGUGGGGCUGAGCCAGGUGCGCUGCCUGGGCUCUGAGACUCGCCUGGUGCAUUGCAAUGUUUCUACGUCCCUGCUGGUGCCUGCUGGGACCUUGCGUGACGCAGGAGUGGUGUGCUCCGGGAGCCUGCGCGUGAGGCUGGCUGCGGGCCCAGGUCGAUGUGCUGGGCGUGUGGAGUUAUUCUAUCAGGGCUCCUGGGGCACUGUGUGUGAUGAUGCCUGGGACCUACAGGAUGCACAAGUGGUCUGUAGGCAGCUGGACUGUGGCCACGCCCUCAGUGCUCCCCGGAAUGCUCACUUUGGGGCGGGGACUGGGCACAUCUGGAUGGAUGAGCUGCACUGCUUGGGAAAUGAGUCUUCGUUGUGGAAGUGCCAGUCAGGAAGCUGGGGCCAACAUGACUGCAGACACAAGGAGGAUGCUGGAGUGUUCUGCUCAGAAUCUGUGGCUCUGAGGCUUCGAGGUGGCACUAGUGGCUGCGUUGGAUGGCUGGACGUGCUCUACAAUGGGUCCUGGGGUGCUGUGUGCAGCAAUGCACUCAGAGACAUCUCCUUGAGCAUCAUCUGCAGACAGCUGGGAUGUGGGGACCAGGGCUGGCUGGAGAACAGGCCUUCUUCUGGAGCUGGCCUGGGAAUCUCCUGGGUGGAUAAUAUCAAGUGUCGAAAUCUACACAAUGCCACCCUGUGGCAAUGCCCUUCUGCCCCAUGGAACCCGCACUCCUGCACCCAGGAGGAGGAGGUCUGGAUUAACUGUGAAGGAACACCACAGAUAGCUCUCCAGGACCCUGCACAGACCCCAAACUGCUCUUCUCCAUUUGGCUGCCUAGAGAACAGUGUUCUGCGUGUGCUUGGGGGUGAGGAUGGCUGUUCCGGGCGUGUGGAGCUCUGGCACGCAGGCUCAUGGGGCACAGUGUGUGACGACUCCUGGGACCUGGUGGAUGCCGAGGUUGUGUGCCGGCAACUGGGCUGCGGCCAGGCCUUGGCUGCUUUAGGAGAGGCUUCCUUUGGCCCUGGUGUGGGGCCUGUGUGGCUGGAUGAGGUCGAGUGCCUUGGCAGUGAGGUGACCCUGGAGGCCUGCCAGGCUGAGCCCUGGGGACAUGGAGACUGCACGCACAAGGAGGAUGCAGGUGUUCGCUGUGCGGGUGUCUCCACGACCACUGCAUUGUUGAAGGCACAGCCGUCUCUAUGCCCUACAGCUCCUUCCCUGACCCCUCCAUCGGUUGCCGAGGUCUGGAAACUGUCGGAGAUUGCCUGCUUGGUGCUUGGCUGCCUUCUGGGCAUUGUCUUCCUGGUUAUGAUUGCUCAGUGGUGCCACAUCAGAGAUGCUAGCAUGGGUGCUGGCAUGUUGGGGCAUCUACAGUCAGAAGGUAUCUAUGAGGACAUUGAAGUUGACCCUGUGCCAAAGAAGGAGGAGAACACAGUAUCCAGGCUACUGAUGCUGGAAGAGGGUUAUGAUGAUGCUGAAGAGCCUGAGGAUCAGCCCACAGAGAAUGACGAGUAGAAUAGGCACGUCUGAGCUUGGUAGCUAUGUCCCUUUGUGUCCAGAGAUCCAUCAUACUCUUGCUUCAUUGCUUCCUGAUGGUGGCUGUGCUUGCAUUUAAAGGACUGAACAGCUACUUAUUCGUUACGCUGACCCCUGCUCUUACACUGGUCCUGGACACUGGGCUAUGUCUCCAUCCUUUCAAGGCUAGUCUUUAGAGUCCUCAACUGAAUAGGCACAAGGUCAGGGGAGCCCUUGCUGUUCCCUUGGCUCCUUUAUGAGCUGCACACUACGCCCUUUUAUAACCUUGCUGAUGGCGGCUGUAGGAGGGACUCUGGGUAGACAGUGAGGGAGGAGAGGUGGAUGAUGUGAGUAGCAAACUGUCACCUGAGUCAUUGUCUCAUCACCUAAUCCCUACAGUCAAUCCCUUUGUGGCUUUGAUUUUCAGUAGAAAAUCUAGAGUGGGUGAUGUCUGUGAAAUGUUUGAUAAUUACAGUGAGUGUUUCUUCUCCUAAACAGGCAGUCGGGAGUCUUUGCAGCUCAGUGCUGAGGCUGGGAAGGAAGACUAUGGUAGUUCCUGUCCUGACACUUGAUGCCUUUGCUGACCUUAGGGGUCACAAGACUAUCCUAUUCCUGGGAGACUAAGGACUAGCCCUCUUUUAUUAAGUAAAUGUUAUUAAACUUUGAAUUCACAGUUCAA